AUCCCCUGCCAUAGGCGGAGGGAUAUUGUUUUGGCGUUGUCCGUCCGUCCGGAGCCAUAUCUUGGAAGUGCUUUGGCGGAUUUCAUUGAAACUUGGUAUGAGUAUAUAUAUAUGGAUAAGACGAUGAUGCACGCCAAAUGGCAUUGUACACCAUCUGUUAAUAACGGAGUUAUGGCCCUUUGUAUCUUGAAAAAAUGCUUUUUUGAGUGUCCAAUAUAACUCUUUUGUGUCCAGAAGCAUAUUGGCGGAGGAUAUAAAUUCAACGAAUUUGCUUGUUCUUCUUGAAUGCUCUGAGCUUCUACAAUGUAUGGGUCCAAACGUACAGCUCAGCGUUCUUCCUGAUUAAAUUCAAUGUAAAAGAAUAAGUCUCAAGUUUGUCCAUAAAAUCCAAUUCAAUCAACCUAAAACAGCGUAACUAACACAAUACCUGUUACCAUUGAUAUCAAUAUGCGUGUUAUUUGUGGAUAAAUGCUCAAAACAAAGAGUUGAAUAAAAAAAUGUUAUCAAACCGAUAGCCAAAGUUUUGAAUUGAAGAUUCGAUAUAUCGUACGGAUGUGUAUAACGAUUGGUUGAUUAGACAAGAGAUAUAUCUCGUGGGGGAUUCCGGAGAUAAUCCAUAGCGUAUUUUUUAAUCCGGAAUACUGGGCUUUUUUCAUUGCAAAGACUUACACAUUUUCAUGAACCGUUUAUGUGUUUUAAACUCUGGAUUAAUAUCAUUGUUAUUUGAGCACACUACAUCAUUUGGUGUAAGAGCAUAGCAGAUCUCAGCAACGAUGGCCAACGAACACAUAUCCAACAGCAAAGAGCGUCUUAUACGGUUCCUUAAAACAGGAACGGAUAAAAGCUUUUUUCUGCCAGGCAAAAACAAGCACUUUCAGUAUGUUGGGAAUGCCAUGACCCAGAUGAUAAAUGAUGGCAGAGGUUUAGAAGCCGUAGAAUGCAUAAAAAAGGUCCACAGCGAGAAAUUGUUCCUUAAGUUAGACCCGAUGUUGAUGUUUUUAGCCCUUGCUUGUCACUCAAACAAUGACAUGGCAGUAAAAAAAGCUGCAUAUGCGCUUGUGGAAAUUGUUUGUGAGACGCCAGUGGAGUUAUUCAAAUGGCUAAAACAAGUUAAGACUUGUUCCCAGCUCACCAAGGGCAUUGGUCGUGGACUACGAUCCACCGUUUCGAACUGGUAUAACUCUAAGGAUCCAAUGCAGGUGGCAGAGUUUGUGACUCGAUACAAGAAUGUUGGCAACUGGAGCCACAAAGAUGUGUUCAGACUUUGUCACGUGAAGCCUGCAAAUGACAGUAUAGCCUUCAUCAUAAAGGUUGUUUGCAAGGGCCUCAAGUCAGCCACCGAGGCCUACAAAGAACCCUCAGCAGAUAUCCAGAAACUUAUCACAUACUUUGAGGCUGUUGAUUUCGUCCGUCACACGGAGGACGGGUUCGCUGCGGCCAUGAAGUUGGAAGAGAUGGAACUCCAUAAGGAACACAUCCCGGUGUCCUUGCUCUCUUCCAAAGAGAUCUGGAACAGCCUGCUGUUGAAUAUGCCCGUGGGGGAGGUGCUGUCUAGUCUCCCGGCACUCAGCCGUAGGGGGUUCCUCACGGUUCCCGACGGCAAAGCUCAGGAGGACCCCAUUGUUAGAGAGAUCUGCCACAAAGUGUUGCAGAGACUCAAGGAUAGUGAAGCCAUUGAGAAAGAAAAAAUCAGCCCUUACUUUAUCUACAUCGCGAUUCGCAAUUAUGUACAUGUGUUCAGUGAGGUUAAAACCUACCAUCAUGGUAAGGGUGGAUCAAGAAAACGUGAGAACCCAAGCAAUAACGGGCCAGUCUCCUCCUCUUCCCCAUCCCAAGGAAAGAAAAAGAAGCGAAAAGGGAGGAAAACAGAAGAAGGUCAAGGUGAUGCAAUGACUACGGAGAAGAAAGAAGAAGCUGGAAUGACUGCCAAGGCUCGUGCUAAUAACCCUGAGUUGUAUGACGCAAUUCACGAUGCUUUCAAGGUCGCAGUCGAGAAGAACACAUCCACUACGGGCAAGUCGUACCUGCUUGCAGUGAAAACAGCAGGCAGCGAGUUCCAGAAAGGUAUCCGAGGCACUCCGUCCAUCUCUGCGCUGGAGGUCAUGUCGUUAAUGGCAACCAUCUUGAAGAACAAGGAGAGGAAUGUGGACUUAGGCUUCUUCACCGCUACGCUGUCGCCCAUGAAGUUUCCAAGCGAGCUUGACAAUAUCAUCGAGGAGAUUUAUAGCCGGGCCGUGCCGGACCUGACGCUGGCAUGUGACCCUGCUGCACCAGUGACCUGGGCCCUGGAGAAGAAGAAGCACUAUGAUGUGUUCCUGGUGAUGUCUGAUGGUGCAGAGACUCUGGGGGAGGACUCCCCUGCAAGCAAACUGCUGGAGUAUAGACAGCAGAUGAACUUGCCUGACACCAAAAUGGUUCUAUGUGGAUUGGCAGCUCCGAAACUAGACUUUGCCCAGGCCAGCGGUAUGUUGGACAUCGGGGGCUUCGAUGCAACAGUUCCCUCCCUUAUACACCAGUUUAUCACUGGAAAGCUAGACACACUGUAGGAUAGAGAGAGAGAAAUCCUGGACUUUCGAUGAUUUCCGGAAAUUUCUGCCCAUGAAAGGAUAGAACACCGGAUAGAGAAACAUCCUAAAAUUUCGAUGAUUGGCUUAUAUUUAAGCCAAUUGGUUGUUUUUUAUGUUGAAAUUCGAUUCCUUACAGAGGUAAAAGGAUUAACCACCACAUGUUGAUUUAUGGCCAAUAUUCCUUCCUUAAAAGAUUUGAGAUGGUACAGAUCAGUGUUGCAUCAUCAUUUGUGGUGUUAGGUGGACAUGCUUUAGAAAAUGGUUUUUCAACUACUGUAUGUUACAUUAAACGGUGCAAUAAAAAAACUGAGAUUUUUCUUGUUGGACUGAAGUAAAUUCAUGACAUACAGUACAUUCUGUUCACUUGAAUAUCCCAUUAGUAACUUCCAAAUGUUUAAUUUUUAUUCUCUCCCAAAAUUUAUUUUGGGGGGAGCAUAUAGUCGCCACUUCGUCUGUUCGUGUGUGUGUCCGUCCGUCCGUGCACAAUUUUUGCCCGGGCUAUUUCUCAGCAACUAAUGGCCGGAAUUCAAUGAAACUUUAUGGGAAGCUUCACUACCAAGAAGAGAUGUGCAUGUUAUCAGUGGGUUCUGGUCAGAUGAUUUUUCACAGAGUUAUGGCCCUUUGAAAUUUUCUAUAAAAAAUUCUUGUCCCCCAACUACUGUGCCCUCAAGAUGUUUCCUUUUGUCUGAAUAUAUAGUGCAAUAUUGUAACAAAAAAAACCUUUGCGGAGCAUCACUCGUCUCUGACAGUUUCUUGUUCUUAGCAUUCAUAGAUGGAGUUAAGUUAUAUUCUCAUCUAUUUUACGUUUUAUGCGAUAGAUAGUGGUCUUAUAUGUUGUAAAAGUGUAUCAUAUACUAUCAAACAAUGUGAUUUAUAUUUUUUAAAUGCUUAGACAUACAUAAUUUAAGCCUUUUUUUCUACUCUUAAACCUGUUCUGUUAUUGAAGACUCCCGUGUUUGCAAUGCCUGCAGAUUACACCUAUUGCCUGUCAAUAGAUGUUCAACGGACACAGCAUGCAAGUAUGGUGUGAAAUUGACAUUGGCUGUCACGUAAGCGUGCCAGUCUAAAACUGGAGAUUUGGUGAGUCUGAUAUGCAGUUAAGUGGAAUCUAUUGACUUUUGUGUUACCUUUAUUUAUCCACUUGUAUCAUGAAAGACACGGAAAAGCAACUAAAAGCGAGAAUUUUACCAUUAAGUCACAUAUGGGCCAGUGGCAAACAAACACCCAUGACAAAUUGGCGGGAAAUGUGUUUUUUAUUUCUUCUGUCUGCUUUCUUUCUAUCAUGCUUUUUUGAAGCAAAAGGACUGUUUGCUUCAUUUGGGACACGAUCUGCUUAUCUGUGACACAUCCGGAUGUUUUAAGUUUUUCAUUUAGAUGCAACAUUUUAGAUUACGAAUAUUACAAGUAAUUUACUGUGUAAACUUACUUCUAUGUGUAAUUCGGUGAAGAAAUGUGUUCAUAUUUUAAUAAUGAAAUAUUUUUGUAUUGUGACAAAGUGAUGUCUUUUUAUUACAAAUGACCACCCAUAAAAAGUGUUAUGAAAUUGUUAACAGUUAUAUGAACUUAUUGUUAUUGAGUAUAUUUAUUUAUUGAUUUUUCAUGUCAUUCAUUACAAUUGUUUUGAAAUUUUGACAAUCUGAAUUUUGCUUUGGUAUAGUCUGGUUGAAUGUAAAGUUGAAUGCCCAUUAAAGUCAAUCAUCUUUUUUAUGUGAAAAAAAGCAGAUUGGAAAUUCAAUUUUCAUGUGGUUUGACAUUGGUUUACUUUAAAUUUCGUCAAAAGGCAAAACAUACCAUGUCAUUCAGUUCUUGGAAUUGUGUAUCACUGGGUAACAGUAGUGUUACUAAAAUAUAGGCUGGUAUUAUUGUUUUCAUUUAUAACUAAGUGGGCAUAAUAUGGCUGAGUUGCUCAAAAUUAAUAGCCCCUAGUUCAUAAGCAUUUGGAUAACCUGGCAUUGAUUGAAAUCAUAGACUCAUAACUAUCAUUAAUAAAACUAAUGACUAUUUUCACAUAACAAGGUAUUCAAACUUAUCUAACCGUAUUGAUGUCCAUUUCACUUAUUGUCCCCUUCCGGUGAACCCAGAGGGGACUUAUGUCUGUCAGUCUGUCACACUUUUCUGGAUCCUGCGAUAACUUCUUCAUAUUUUGUCAUGAAACUUGAAACAUGGGCUGAUGGCAAUAGGACAUUAUGAACGUCAUUUCAUUUUGUUCCUACGUCAAGAAUUCUGGUUGCUAUAUAUAAAAAAUAAAUCUGAAAAUAGUGGAGUUUCACCGGUAGGGGACCAUAUUCCAUGGCAAUCUCUUGUUUCUAAUUCUUCAGGCAUGCUUUUGUCAUUUUUAAUUGAUUGAGCUAGCAAUGCGAAUGUCUUCUGCUCAGUGAAUGUGCAGUUUAUUUGCAAUGUAAUACAUGUAUUGCCUUACCGUUGUUAUUGUAUGUUUGUUUCAUAUCUGUUGCUGGUUUAAGUUGUUGACUAAUAUAUGCAUGUUCUGUAUUGCAACAUGAAAAUUGUAUUUCCCACAUUUGUAUUGAUUUGUACAAUAUAAGCAGUGUUGGGAUAUAUUUUUACUCGUAUUUAUUGAUUUGUAACCAAUACACGUAACCUUUCCAUAGACAAUUCCUAGGUCUUUCAUAUCGGGUUUGGGCAAUUUUUAUCAAAGUGAUGCCUUUAUGACCAGUUUUGUGAUUUCAUGAUACAGAUUUUGCAAGUUGUAUUUGCAUUAGUUGUGGGAUCAUGGUUUUAUAGUGUGUGCACAAUUAAAGAAAUUCAUUUCCAUUUGCUGAAGUUGUUUCUUAAGAAAUAUGAUUCAUCAUUUAAGAAAAAUGUUAAAAUUGAUAAAAUGUAGCAGUAUAAGUUUGCAUGUAAUAAGCUAUUUGUUGAGUAAUAUGUAAUAAAUAUGGAUAGUUUUUACAUACAUGUAUUUACCCUUUACCACUUAGAAACGUAUUUUGAUGGAUUUGUAGCCCCUUAGAAAGUUAUAUUUAAUUAAAGACAUUUCUUACUAGAUUCAAGUUUUAAAGGCUUCAUUUCCAACCUUUAGAUACUGAUGAGCAGCAAACAGCAUAAAACCUGAUCAGACUGAGAGGUACUCGCAGGCUGUUCUGGUUGCUCGUUGCAUAUACAUGUAGCUGUUCUGAUUUUAUGCUGUUUUCAGAUUGCAAUUUUCACCUCUGAGUCCGAAAGGGUUAAGACAUUCAACACAGUUUGCAUGAAAAUAUAAUAUCAAAUACAUACUUCCAUUACACAAAAUUAUGCUGGUACUUUUUUGCAUUGUUAAUUGUAGUAGAACUGCAAUUUUUCAUCUUAAUUGAUUUUCAGGAAUAUGAUACAACAUAUUGAAUAAUUAUGCAUUUAAUUUAAGUAUUGAUUAUGCAAUUUCAGUUUGUAUGCUUUAUACAUUUUAUAUUUAUUAUGCCCCCCUUCGAAGAAGAGGGGGUAUAUUGUUUUGCACAUGUCGGUUCGUCCGUCGGUCCAUCCACCAGAUGGUUUCCGGAUGAUAACUCAAGAACGCUUAGGCCUAGGAUCAUGAAACUUCAUAGGUACAUUGAUCAUGAAUGGCAGAUGACCCCUAUUGAUUUUCGGGUCACUAGGUCAAAGGUCAAUGUCACAGUUACUCGAAAUAGUUAAACCGUUUCUGGAUGAUAACUCAAGAAUGCUUAGGCCUAGGAUCAUGAAACUUCAUAGGUACAUUGAUCAUGACUGGCAGAUGACCCCUAUUGAUUUUCAGGUCACUAGGUCAAAGGUCAAGGCCACAGUGACUCGAAAUAGUAAAAUGGUUUCCGGAUGAUAACUCAAGAAUGCUUACGCCUAGGAUCAUGAAACUUCAUAGGAACAUUGACCAUGACUGGCAGAUGACCCCUAUUGAUUUUCAGGUCACUAGGUCAAAGGUCAAGGUCACAGUGACCCGAAACAGUAAAAUGGUUUCCGGAUGAUAACUCAAGAAUGCCUUCACCUAGGAUCAUGAAACUUCAUAGGUACAUUGAUAAUGACUGGCAGAUGACCCCUAUUGAUUUUCAGGUCACAAGGUCAAAGUCAAAGUGACUCGAAAUAGUAAAAUGGUUUCCGGAUGAUAACUCAAGAAUGCUUCCGCCUAGGAUCAUGAAACUUCAUAGGUACAUUGAUCAUGACUGGCAGAUAACCCCUAUUAAUUUUCAGGUCACUAGGUCAAAGGUCAAGGUCACAGUGACUCGAAACAGUUAAAUGGUUUCCGGAUGAUAACUCAAGAAUAAUUAGGCCUAGGAUCAUGAAACUUCAUAGGUACAUUGAUCAUGACUGGCAGAUGACCCCUAUUGAUUUUCAGGUCACUAGGUCAAAGGUUAAGGUCACAGUGACAAAACAUAUUCUUACAAUGGCUGCCACUACAACUGACAGCCCAUAUGGGGGGCAUGCAUGUUUUACAAACAGCCCUUGUUGAAGUAUUCAUUAGUGAUUAUGUUAUAAAUAAUUGAUAUGUAAGGUUUUGUGAAGUUCACCAUAACUGUGUCCCGUUAGUUAAAUAUUGCUUUCAGAGAAAAACAAAAAAUUAUAUUAUGUCACAUUAGUACAAGAUGUUUUUUUAAAGGUUUGCCCCUAAGUUUCAACACAAGAUCGGGUGGUGAAUUUUUUUACAGUAAAUUGCAAUAUUUUUAUCCAAAGUAACAUUUGCAUGCAGAUCUGGUUUUCAGUAAUUCAGUCAUAUCUGGGAAUUCUAUCACACAGUUCAUGUAUAUUUUAUAUCGAGGUUCAAUUGGUAAAAAUACGAGUGAAUAACCUUUUUAAUAUGGAUUUAUUGAUACAAGAAAAAGCUUUAUUCAGUAGGGAUAAUAAGGACAUAAUAUAUGCAUUUUUGUUUACUUUUACUGAAAAACUGUAAUUCGUUUUGAAAACUGAGCUUAGUCAUUGUUUUGUGUUUCUGAUGUAUUAUUCCUGUGUUAUUGUUGGCAAUGAUGGAAGCUGCGUUUGACUCACGUUGGUACUAAAAUUUUUCAGUAUACUUAAAGUGAGAUUGUAGGAUUUUUAUGUGUUAAAUUGUAAUAUAUAGUAAAAAUAUGUUACAAUAACACAAAAUAGGCAAGAAAAAUUAUACAUUUAAGACGAAUUUCAUAAAAUGCAGCAAAGACAAUUAGCGCCCUUCGUCACAAUCUGACAAAUCUAUUUUGUACAUAUUUUCCUACAAUAACCAUACCAUUUGUCUUUUUAUUAAGAUCGGAGUUAGUGUUUGUGUGUGGUAUGAAUAGAAAAAUUGCAGGAAAUUUAAAUGAUCCGUAAAACUAAAUUUAGAUUCACAUCAUACAUGCAUGAUAUACAUGCUGGCAAAUUCGACUGUUCAGACAUUUUUGAUUUCAGAAUUAAAUAUCUGGCUUAUUUCGCAUUUUUUGACACAUGUUCUUCUUAACUUUUAUUUUAAUCUAUAUUGAAAUAUAUGUAUAAUAAGUUUUUUACAAAUUUACAAAAUCCUACAAUCUCACUUUAAUUUAUUUGUUUUACCAGUAUUUGCUGUUGUACGCACAUUUUUAUCGAAUCUCUUUUUGAGUUGCGGUUGCUAAUUUUAAUGGAUCAAAUGCAGUUAUUUUUUUCAAGACAGGCAUGUCGAUACUGUUGGGUUUGUGCUAUACAUGUAUUAUUAUAGAAUUAUGUUGUGUACUUCUAACCAUGUAAAUGUACAAUAGAGACGUUAGAAUGUAUUGUUUAUAUCAAACUCUUAAGACACAAAAUACUUCACAACAUUAAAUAUACAAAGCAAUUUGUUUUUAACGCUUACAAAUCAUAUGUUAGUUCAAUACUUGUAAAAUAAGUUUUUGGUGAAAUGUUCAGUAGUGAAAUGUAACAAGUAAUUCCCACCUUCAAAAGGUAUACUCUGAUAUCUUAAUUUUUUGAAAAAUAAAAGAGUUUUGUAGAGGUCCUUGCAAAAUAUUUAGAUAAUAACAAUAUGUACUCUGUUGUUUAAAAAAUAAUAAUUCUUAGUUGUUAGUGAUACGUUGUAUUCAAAUAACCAAUUUAUGAUCCAUUUUGUUUAUGAUAUAUUUACCGAAAUUGUACAGUUAUACAAAUCCUCCAAUACAGCUUUGUAAUUAACAAA